AUGGGUUUUAUCGAUGGUAAAUCGGCACCGGUGAUAAUGAUUAUCGUGAUUAACAUGAUUAAUGGGUUGGUUAACGCUUUGACUAAGAAAGUUCUUGAUGGAGGCAUUAAUCGUAUGAUUAUUGCUACCUAUCGUUUGGGUAUUUCUACAUUUUUUCUUCUUCCGAUCGCUUAUUUUUGGGAACGGAAUACAAGGCCGAAGCUAACAACAAGCGUCUCGUUUCAGCUUUUCGUCAGUGGCCUUCUUGGGGCGAGUUUGAUGCAAUAUUUCUACUUGCUUGGCCUCAGCUACACUUCUGCCACCUUGGGAUCUGCUUUCUGGGGCACAUUGCCUGCUAUAACUUUCAUUCUGGCAUUAAUAUUUAGAUUCGAAAAGCUAAGUGUGAAAACAAAGGCAGGGUACGGCGUCGUACUUGGAGCUAUGAUAAGCUUAGCUGGAGCUUUAAUUCUUACGUUGUACCAAGGCAUUCCAUUAUCGAACUCUCAGGAACACGCAACGAUUUCACACAUCCAAAAAGGACAUGAGAACUGGAUCAAAGGCAGUUUUCUUUUAUCCUUAGGAGUUAUAUUGUUCAGUUCAUGGAUGCUUAUACAAGCCAAGGUCAACGUGAGCUACCCGUGUCCAUACUCAGGUACGGUCAUUUUAUCGGUCUUUGGGACGCUUCAGUGUGCUCUUCUUAGCUUGAUCAAGACUAGACAUGUGGAAGAUUGGAUUCUCAGAGACAAACUCACCAUCAUCACCGUCAUUAUAGCGGGUGUGGGUGCACAAGGGAUGUGUACGGUGGGAAUAUCAUGGUGCAUCAAACAACGUGGACCUGUCUUUACAUCAGCAUGCAGUCCUGUCACACUUAUGUUCGCAACCGUGUUCGAUUUCUUGAUACUUCAUCGUAUUAUUUAUUUGUGA